UGUUAUGUUUAUACUUUUUUAGUAUACUAAUAUAUUUUUACAUUACACCCCCUAAACCCCUUUCCAAAGCUGCAAAGACUGGAAACAGAUGCACGGCUUUCUCGAGGCUUGAAAACCAGAGGAGUAGAUCUCCAACCCCAAAAAUUUUUGCAGUCAUGUUGAAUCGUGGAACAAAGCCAAAGGCAUGGAAUGGACCUAAAAGAUGCCCGGUUAUGGUGCCGGUUAUGUUUCUUGUUUCAGUCUUAGUAGCAUUGCUAACGUUUUUCCACAAAAAUGAUGAAAACCCAAUUCCGGUGUAUGGCCUACCGAACCAAAAAUGGAAUGGGUUUGAGUCUUUGGUGCAAUUUAAUCCUGAAAGGGAAUUCAGGAAUGGCACGGAUUUGAUAUGGCAAAUACCUGAUUUGCCUAAGGCUGUUCUUUUUCUAGCUCAUGGAUGUAGUGGGAGAGCUGUCAACUUUUGGGAUAGGUCUUCUAAAUGCCCUAAAUGUGUUGGUUUGCCGGAGGAAAGGCUCCUUGUUCUUCAUGCUCUUGCUCGGAAAUUUGCUGUCUUGACCAUAUCAAGUGCAGGGAGAUGUUGGACGUUUGGGAAGGAAAGAUUGAUUGUUGAAGAUAUUAUAAGAUGGUGGGUUAAGAGACAGAACCUUGAAAAGCUUCCUCUUGUGGCUUUGGGGGCCUCUUCUGGUGGAUACUUUGUAUCUGCACUGGCUAAUGAUUUGAAGUUUAGUAGUAUUGCACUUAUGAUUGCUGAAGGAAUAUUUGAUCAAAUGGACAUCAUAGAGGACUAUCCGCCAACCCUUUUCGUGCACAUGCCAAAAGAUGUACAUAGGCAACAAAAGAUAACUGAAUUUAUGGAAGUUUUGAAAAACAAAGGGAUUGAUGUUGCAGAGAUUGAAUGCAUGGAGUUGCCUCUGUCAACAACCUUUCUAUCUGACAGAAUCCCAGGUCUUGAUCAGACUAUUUCUGCUAGAUUGUUCAAUUUAUUCAAGGAGAAAGGCUUUAUAGAUGAGAAUGGGUAUAUGAAAAGGGAUGGGCGUGCAACACCUUGGAAGCAAGCUCUCCAGGAAAGUAAGACUACUUUUCUGGAGAAGGACUUAGUGCAUCCUGUUCAGGAGGAGCUAAAUCUUGCUUUUGCAUACCAUGAAAUGACUAGCUUGCAAUCUGAACAGAUCUUUAAAUGGUUUGAAUCUCAUAUGACUUGAGCAUUAUUCCUUUGUGCCACAUUCUCCUUUCUCAGCCAUGGAAGAGAUUUGCAAACUGUUUCCAACUGAAGUACUGUCUAUUCAGAAGUGAUUUGUACAUACAGCUCAUAGUUACAAUCCCUCAACUUUUACUGGAUUAAAUUGUUUACUGCUUGAAGUUUGUCUGUAAACAACUAAGGACCAGAGAAUGUAAAGCUCCUAACUUGCACUAAAACCAAACUGCGGCAUGCACUAUGUAUUAGGUAAAUUUAACUAUAUGUCGCAAAAAAAAUCUUCAUUACACUCUGAAUAGUUUUUCAUAUAUUUUUUGUGGAAUUGCAAAGUAUCCUUAGUGGCCUUUGAGAGGUCUUCUUAUGCUUGCUUUGAAUGAUGUAUCUUUCCUCUAUAUACUUUUUGAGUUGGCAUUUUCUUC